AUGGCGAACCUGCUUCGGGUGUUCUCCAAUUGUCAGUCGGAGGGCAGGGCGGCGGCUGUGGCCUUUACCGUCGCAGGGUAUCCCACUAAGGAUGCUACCGUUGAUAUCCUCCUAGCCAUGCAACGGGGAGGUAUCGAUAUCGUGGAGCUGGGGAUACCCUCUACCGAUCCCAUUGGGGAUGGCCCCAUCAUUCAAGACGCACAUGCCGUUUCCUUGCGAGCUGGGUCCAACUUUCAGACGACGCUGGGUCUUGUUGGACGCGCUCGAGCGCGAGGCCUUGUGAUCCCCGUCGUAAUCAUGGGUUACUGCAAUCCGGUCUUACAGUAUGGGCUUAGAAGAGCAAUUGAGGAAGCAGCUCAGGUCGGGGUCGACGGCUUUCUUCUGGCAGAUCUGCCUGUGACUGAGUCGGUCCAUUUCCGUAAACUUUGCAAAGAAACAGGGCUGUCGUAUAUACCCGUUAUAUCACCGACCAUGAAGGACGCACGGAUCGAGCUCCUCUGCCAGGCUGCAGACACCUAUCUCUAUGUGCUCUCGAGAAUGGGCGUUACCGGGUCAGCUCGCGAAGGCGCAUCGGUAAACGUGUUUCUCGUUCAAUUCUUGCAGAAGUUACACCACUUCUGCGGAAACAAACCGUUUGCCCUAGGCCUUGGAGUCAGCACUCGGGAGCAGUUCCUUAGCAUGCAAGACUUGGCCCCAGGUGUGGUGGUGGGGACUCAGAUUAUCAAGACUAUCAACGGGACUCCAGUAGACGGGGAGCUGGCUGAAGCCAUCGAAAACUAUUGCAUGUAUCUCACCGGUCGAUCCGAAAUUGGUUCUUCCACGCAGCUAUCCAUCCAUCAUCCUACCGUUAAUUCCUCUGCAGGUACCCCUUGUUUGGCCCAGGAGACAAUCCUCCCAUCGCACUUCGGGCCAUACGGAGGGCAAUAUGUACCAGAGCUACUAUUAGACUCUUUGGAGGAUCUCGAACAAUGUUUUAUUAACUCCCAGGGAGACUCUAAUUUUUGGAGACAGUACCAAAGCCAUUUGACAGCUAUGACCAGUCGGUCCGAGGGCCUUCAGAUCGAGGUUAAAUAUGGUACCAGCAGCCCGGGUGCCAAUCUUUGGCUACAACAGGGCGGUUCACACGCCGCAGAAAGAUACAGACUCUACAGCACUCUCGGCCAAAUUCUCCUCGCCUGCCGGUUGGGCAAAAAACGCAUCCUGGCCGAGACCACAUCCGAGGGUGAUGCAGUGGCAACAGCCACCCUAUGCGCGAGACUGGGACUUGACUGUGUCCUUUUCAUGGGAGCUCGAGACCUCAAACAGUUCCCAGAGUUACCUGGCCAUAUUGAUAAGCUUGGAGGAAAGCUGAUUUCCGCCGAUGGUGGCGGACAGGUGGUGCGCGAUGCUAUCAACACUGCACUUCAGUCUUGGAUUGCAGACUUGCACAAGUGCCAUUAUGUCCCUAGCUUUGCGAUCGGGCCACAUCCGUUUCCUACAAUCGUCCGCACUUUCCAGACGCGUUUUGGGAACGAAACGCGGGAAGAGGCAAUCUCUCAAAUUGGAAAGUCCCCGGAUGCGGUGGUAGUAAGUAUAGCGGCAGGAGAUGCGGCUAUCGCGCUGUUACCAGGCUUCAUGGAUAUCGUAGGCAUUGAUGUUGUCCUGGUGGACCCCUCGGGGAAAAUAGUGACGAUGUCUCCGGGUGUUUUCCAUGGGUCGUGGACGGAGGUUCAGCAGGACAAGGAUGGACAGGUGGCGAGCGAGGGUGAUCCACGAUCUCACGGCUAUCGCAAUUACCCAGCAUUGGAGCCAGAGCUCAGCCACUGGGUGAGCAUUGGGAAAGCUCGGGUUGUUUGCUGUGAUGAUAGGUCAGAUUCAUCUCUCGUGAGCAAUCGGGUGGUGCAUGCAGCAAGAGAGGUCGCGAGUCAGUUGCUGCGAGGACAGAACGUCCUCGUCAUUGUCUCGUAG